AGCUUGUUCUGUUCAGCCUCGAUGUUUCCCAGCCAAUGAUCAGUGCAGCCACAAAGCUCAGCUCGGGCUAUGGAUGCAACGCUUGCUGCUGUGCGGGGGAAACAACAGCCAGGUCGCCUUUUCUUACGUGACAGUCCAUCUCAAUUGUUUCUUGACUUUGGACACCACAAUCAUUCUACUACAGAGCCUCCGCAUUAAGGGGGCAGUAUUCAUAUCUUCUCCAAAAGUGCUUCCCAUUUUGUGCAGUUACACAAACCGCUCUAAUGGCGGCAUUGCAGACCCUACCGCAGGUUACACAUGUGCCAACAAAGGAUCUAGGGGUCGAAUUCGCCGCGCUGGAGGUGUCUGAUGUUCAGGCUUCCCCAAAACUGGAGCCCAAAGACGCGGACGACGAUGAUGGCAUGGAAGACGCAGAUCUCGACUUUGGAUUCAAGUUGCUCCUUACCGAAGAUGAAGCAGACGGCCAGCUGUCAGCUCCCAUGAAGAACACCAAGUCCCAAGAAUCUAUACCUCGUGAGAUCAUCGCAAGCGGCACGGCACAGGGAGAGUGUCUUCGACCAAUCUACGCAGGCACCUACAGAGGCGACCAUGCCUACCUGAUCCGACUCCAGUUCCAGAUAUCCAGCCCGAGACGAAAUGAAAGGUGGUUCAGCAGGAUACAGACGAUGCAGAUCUCCAUUGCUCUCGAGGGCGCUCCCACGGCGAAAUCAAACGAUGCGCGCGAUGAUUCUGACGACGACGACGACGACGAUGAUGAUGAUGAUGAUUCGGACGAUUCUGGUGACGAGAGCGGCGAUCAAGGUCUGCGCCGACAUGCCUCGAUUGAAAAGUACUUUCCGGGUCCCGGCGUCUGGAAAGGAUCUGCCACUACAAACGAGAUCUCAACAACGACGACUGGCAGCUUCCAGGCCGGCCACGAAGGCAUCGCCACCGCCGGAUUCGAGGCAAGCCGGACGCGGUCGAGAGUGGCCACCGGCGCCGUGUCAGUGACCACGAGGCGUGGAGGCCGUCACCGCAAUGCCCUGCUCGUGUGCGUCGACGAAGACCCCGUCACGCCCAAAGGUGUGCCAGAGCACCUCGUCAUUCCUCUAUUGAUUGUCCGCCCGGCCCAUCGCUUCAGCAUGACUGUCAAGCUUCACGCAAAGUAUGGCUUGUGGCGUGGCCUUCCUGCCGACAAGUUCCCAAUCAUGGGCAAAGCGGAUGCGCCGCUUUUCUUCGACCCGGGGGCACUGCAGAGGAGAAUGGAGAAGCAAGCUCGCACCGGCGGCUCAAAGAGCAUCAUCGAAUGGCGUGGAGUGUUGGACGAAAUCGAUCUGCAGUCGCUGAGUUCCUUGGAAGGCUUUUCGAAGACGUGAGAGUAUGAGGAACAACGCUGAGGGGUCAUUGAGGAAUUGAUCUCCGGAAAAUCGGAGGGACAGACUCCGCUUGCCAGGCCAUUGAUAUAAGAAAAAGAAAAUUCUCAAUCUUGUCUGCGGGU